AUGAAGCUUUUAUCCUCUUUGAUCCCCCUUUCACUCGCCUCUGCUUCUGUGCUCGCCUCCAGCCCUAUCGCUGCUCUUCAUUUAUCCAAACGAGAUUGUCCUACUUCUGACGCCUGUGUCGAGUUCCCUAACUUGACUGAACAAGCUAAUUGUACUAUUCCCGAUGAUUAUACUACCCAGGAGUUCAUAGAUUACUCGGUUUGUCUAUGUGGUUUGGAGAACGACUUUUGGGAAGUCUACUACUUAUGUGGGUUCUGUGUCGAUUCUGUUGACGAUGAUACUAUCGAAGAGACCAAGGUCCAAUAUUGUCAAGCUAUUGGUUUAGAUGUAAGCUCAAAUUCAACUUCCACUUCUAAUUCUACUUCCGAUUCUACUUCCAAUUCUACCAUAGCCUCUGAUUCAAUCUCCGAUUCAAGUUCAAGCUCAGAAUCUAGCUCAAGAUCAGUUUCAAUAACCAGUUCAAGUUCAAGUUCAAGUUCAAAUGAGGAUGUCGAAAUUGCACAGGAAACAGAUACCUCCACAGUUACUUCAACAAAUUCCGAAUCCUCUACAGAUGGAGCUGCUAGUUUCAGUGUAUUUCAAUCAUUCAAUGUAGUAUUAUUUUCAAUCUCUACAAUUUUAUUAGGUUUAUUAUAA